GAAAAGGUGUGGAUGGAAUCUUCAUCAGAAUGAAAAUAAACCAUUUAGAGAAAACUUUGAGUAUUUGUUAUUGCUACUAGUAAAGACGAUAAUAGCCACAUAGUUUCAAUCCUGAAUAAUGUUCAAGGGAAUAUGAUCUUUGUUUAUUAUCUACCUGAUUUGAUAACAAAUCCUGGUCUACUUGAGACUGCAAAAACAUUGGAUGACUAUGACGCCAAGAUGGAGAGUGCAUGGUCUGGCUUCUUUUUUACUAAAGGACAUAUUUCAUCUGUGAUGACUAAAGAAGAUGUUGGAAAUAAAUACAGAUUAUUUAUAAUGCUUCUCUUUUCAAUUCCUGGGACUCCAAUAAUUUUUUAUGGUGAGGAGAUUGGUCUCAAAGAUUACCAGGCAUCAGAAUAUCCACUAAUGCGAUGGGACAAUUCUAAAUAUUCUGGAUUCACUAAAGGUUUGCCUUGGAUAACUCCAGAUUUGAACAGUAACACACCCACUGUUACGCAUUCUUUUUGAUCUUCACAUCUUGAAAGCAGCCUUUAUUGCUGAUGCACAGCGACCAGAUACUCAAUUAAAACUUGCCAGCGCAAGUGAAAAACCCAACCAAUGAGGUCCAGGAACAGUAAAAUGGAAGACAUGUGACAACUAGAUGUACAUUUGAGCAAGUAAUCAUCAAACUGGAUCUGCACUUCUGGUGCUUCAGCAUAUCUGGUAUUGCUCUUCAAAGUGCAGCAACUAGGGUCUCCAGAAUGGUCAUGUUGUUCCGGGAUCUGUCCAACAUUGUGCAGCAAUGGUCUAAAGUCUAGACUUACAGCAAGAAAGAAGACACAGAAAAUCUUCAGGUUAUUUAAUGGAGAUGGAGGAGGAGGGAGAGCAUGAACUGACUAAUUCAUACUUUUAGGAGCAGUAAGAUUGUGAACCAGAGGCAGAGAAAGACAUGGGCACACUUAUCAGGA